UUUCGUCUUUCGGUGCCGCUCGAGAAGCACACACGCAUUCUUUACUCUUCGACCUCUCUCCUCGUCCGAACCUCCGAAGUCACCACCAUGAAGUCUGCGUUCCUUGCGGCUGUUCUCGCCCUCCUUUCGGUGGCCUCCACCGACGCGUUCGUCGCGGGAUCCGCGAAGCUCCCCGUACGCACAGCAGCAUCCUCUGCCCGAACAGCUGCCGUCGAGAUGAGCGCGGAGCCGCAGUCGAGACAAGCGUUCCUUCAGCAAGGCGUGGCGGGCGUGCUCUCGCUCGCGGGGAUCGCGGCACUGUCUCAGCCCGCGUCGGCCGGUGGCCUCUCUCCCGUCAGCAACAGCGACAAGUGGGCUGGGGUGCUGGACCCGCGGUCGGCAGUGAAGGACUCCAACAAGAUGGCGUCGGACGGGGUGAAGAAGGACCUCGCGGCACUGAAGACUUACCAGAGUGCCACCAAGGACAUAUCUGACGCCCUGGCCAAGGACCCCCAGGCGAACGUGUUGCCGAAGGUCCAGCAGACCUUCAAGUUCGCCGAGUUCCGCCAGGUGCUCAACGAGGUGAACGACGUCUUCGACGAGGACACCCAGAGGGGUACCGACCUCAUCAUCCGGAACAUGCUUCAGGAUGCCCUGGAGCUUUCGCAGGCCUCCAAGAUGAAGCCGGACGUCCCCCGGUCCGCGCGCAAGGUGGAGGUAUUGACCAAGAAGUUGAAGAAGCUGGACCAGGCGUUCGACACCCUCAACGCGUACCUCUAGGUCGAGCGACUUGCUUACCAGCAGUACCGUAUCUCCGGGUCGAAGGCGCGCUGGGGGGGGCGAUCCAGCUGAGGCUUCCAAGUUUCUCUCGGCCCACAUAUAGACAAUUAGUGCAAAGGCAAAGAAAUAGGGUCGAUGCAAUGGCACUCUGCCUCUCAACAUUUCCAUGUGUGCGGGAUGCACCGCCCUUUUCCCCAAUGCCGUAACAAGGGGUCCUGUGGGUUCAGUUAGCCUCAGGGGGCACGGCGGAAUGACAGCGGCUCGCCUGGGGGCCAUCUCCAGGGGGGCAAAGGAACCGCUACAGCAGUAUUCCGCGAAGAAUAGAGGUGCUUGGCCGGACUGUAGAACAGCAGACGGGGGACUACACGGCUGGCAUGCCCAACGUUUAGUGUUUUUUUUUGUGUAGAAAAGUUCUUGCUGAUUGCUGGCUGGCCACACAGCCCGUCACGUGUUGUUGGGUAGAGAUAAAGAUGGUGUCGUUCCGACGUGUCCCCGUCCGAGGGGGGCGAGGUUCUGAUACGCUUGUUCCUGUGCGCAUGGAAACUGCGGCGGUGCCCCGUGACAAAAGAUUCGGGCGAAAGGAUGUGCGGGAGGAGGUGGCACCCCCGUCUCUUUUUUUCGAGUAAACGCGCUCAGGUAGCCUCUGGUUCUCCAGCGCUCCGUAGACUUUUUAGUUUGUUCGUGUUGUAGUCGCCGUUCUGUGUCAUAUCACGGAACACACGGGGGGGGGGUCGGUAGAAUGUAGUUGCAGGUGGGUCUGCCGCCUGUGUUCGAAAAUCGUCUCAUCGCCCACAUGCAUGCGCGGGAGGCUAGCCUGAGGAAACAACGGCGUGUUUUUCCGUUUGUGGGAACAAAAAAAACGUAGAACCGAGGUUCCUGCUUGCCGAGAUGAUGGCACCAGCGCCGUCACGAAAAAAAUGUCUCGGGACAAAUUGCCCAUCCCAGCUCAGAGGUCUUCUAUGAAGAGAGGAAAGGAAGAGCGGGUGCGGCGGUGCGCCAGAGCCACUACAGAAAAAUUCCUCUGUUUUUGACCUUUCGCGGCUCAUGGCACUGUUGGCUACUUUGUUGCUUUCGCUGGUGGGGGAUUCUGCGAG